AUGGCGGACAGCAGCGACAAGGACCUCCUCGCCAAGGCGCAGGAGUGUUCCGCGAACAACAUCGACCUAUACGAACUACUCCAAGUCGAACACACCGAGCAGGACGAGAAGAAAAUAAGGAGCGCGUGGCGCAAACAGUCCAUCAAGUACCACCCCGACAAGGCCAAGGACGCAUACGACCCCGAGAAGUGGGAGCUCUUCGAGUUCGCACGCGAUAUCCUGCUCGACACCGCCGCGCGCGCCGCGUACGAUAAUGCCCGCAAGGCGGCACUCCGCCAGAAGGCAGAACGCCUGCAGAGGGUCGGCGCCGACAAGCGAUUCGCCGACGCCCUCGAGGCCGACGAGCGCGAGGCCAAGAGGCAGCGCCUCGAGAAGGAGGAGCGCGCCCGCGAGCUGGAGCGCGAGAGGGCUCGUCUGCGCGAGGAGGGCCAGCGGGAGAAUGAGCGGCGCAUGGCCGAGGAGGCGGAACGCUUCAAGAGGGAGCAGUUGGAGCGCGCCGAGCGAGAGAGGGAGCCCGAUGAGUUAGAUGAGAGGAUGGCUGAGUUGGAGAGGAGACUGGAAGAGAAGAGGCGACUCAAGGCCGAGAAGAAGGCCAGGAAGAAGGGCAAGACGGACGGCGGCGACCCGGCACCACCGGCACCACCAGCACCCGCAUCAGCUCCCGCCCCCGCUGUCCCUCGUGCGCCUCCAAAGUGGGAAGACACAAAGGCAAAGAUGCUGGCUUUCCAGAAGAUAAGGGAUGCGAAGAAGGCCGCAGCAGAAAAGGCCGCAGCAGAAAAGGCCGCAGCAGAAAAGGCCGCAGCAGAGGCGGGUGACGGCAGCAAAGAAUAA